CCACAAAGCCCUCGAGGUCUUCCACUACAACUACGAGGCCCUAAUGUCGGUCCCGCGGCUUCAUGGAUCUCAUGCUAGAACUGAUUGGGUCCCUUACUCAUGGGCCGGCCUUUGGGACGCCCUUCGAACCCAGAAACAUUCACUCGUAUCACUCAACAUAUCCUACAUAGUGAACAGAGUGCAGCUGGGAGUGGCCGCCCGGUUCUGUCCUGUAUAUGCAUGGCAGAUUGGCACCUUGGGUUCGUUCGCCGACUUCAACGAAUUAAAGCAAUUACGGGUACCCGCCGAUCCCAUCAUUUCUGGUCCAGGUAUUAUACAGUGUUUACCAGUGGGGUUGGAAUAUUUGAACCUCCUCUACGACGAGGUCACGGAGACGGCUGAUCUACGGUGUAUGGAGACCAUCGUGGCGGUGAUUGCAAGUAACAUGCAAACGGGCCGACAAAUAGCCCUUUUGUAUUUGUCUUCAAAGGAUUUCCUGAUCCAGUUGUAUCAUGUAAUACUAUUAAAUGCAUAAGUGCUAAAGCAGCUAAUACGAAAUGAUAAUGUACGACUGCAGCACUCUGUCACUGUGAGUGAGAAGGCAUCUAUUAAGUUCCUUGUCACGAAGGGUGAUAAUUUUUAUAGGUUUGGAAGAACGGUAUACCGCGCAGGUUGAGACCAAACCUUUCUCGCCUC